CAUAUAUGUGUGUGUCAUUUCUUUAUUUACUGAAUUCCAUAGUACGAUUUUGAUCGGUGAUUAUGCGUUGCUCUGCAGCCAUAGGUUUAGCAUUAAAGGAUCCUGCCAUUCUGCCCGUCCUCAAGAAGCCAGUCACAGGCAGGGUGCUGUUUUGGAUCAGUGAUGGAGAACUAGACGUUUUAGAUACAUUCCAGGAUGUUGAAUUUCAAAGAACAAACGUCGACGUCUCUCUCAUCGUGUUGCAACUGCCCGACUCGAAGAGUCGCCACUUACGACUCCUUUUUUCCUCAGCAGACAUGACGAUGAGCGAGGAUGAAGAUACUUUCUAGUCGGAUCAUAUUUGUCUACCUUAUUGUAAAAGCAGUUACAGAUUUGUGCAUGCAUUACAUUAUCAAUUCAUCCACUUCGCUACGCAACCAA